UUCUGCUGCAAGGUUGGUAAUGAAAACCACGUGUGUUUAGCUGUCAAAUGUUUCCCAUUUUUGGUUCAAGUUAAAACAUUUUUUUCUCGUAGUGUUCCUUUUAAAAAUGUAGAUUCACAACUAAAAUCAUGAAUGACUUGGACCUUGAAGAUAUUGAAUCACGUCUUUAUAGUCAAGUUUAUCACUCUGUUGAUUCAGAAAGCGACUUAGUUCUUCCUUCUGCUCCAGUCGAGCCAUUUACCUCUGAAAACAUGAAAAAUCAAGGUCGUUAUUUCGGUCGCUGGACGCCUGGAACAAAAUUUCAGAAAAAUAUGCAUCCAAAACAAAAUCCAAGAGCAUCAUCUUUCAGUGAUUGUGACCAGUCUCAUCCAGGUUUUUAUUCAAAAAGUUUUAAAAGACGCCACAGGCCUGAUAAUAUAUCAAUCAAUCAAUUAGUUGUUUUGAGUCCUCAAAGCCCUAUUGUUUGUGUAACUCCUAAAAAAAAUCGAAAUAAGGCGCGUUGGAAAAAUUACAGAAAGAAGCAGAGAAAACUAGAGAAACUAGCUAAUUCUCAGAGCGAAGCAAUAAAACAGACACCAGACGUUGUACCUCCAAAUAAAGAACCAAGUAAAUGUGAGAAAGUCAUUACAUUGUCUGAUAGUGAGAGUGAGGAGGAUAACUGUGUAAUAAUACCUGAUAAUUGGCCAGUUUUAUCGGUAUGUGAUUCAGACGAUGAUAAUAAAAAGGACGAUGAUCAUGACAACACAAGUAAUAAUACUGAAAAUAAUGAAUUAAAUAGAUCGUCAAAUGAAGAUGUAAUAUUUGUUGAACCUGUGGAGAAGCCAGUUGAGGUAAUAAACCUUGACGAUGAAAGCCAGACUCCUGAAAAAAAAUUACAGCAAAAAAGUAACGAAACAGCGUCAGUUGCAUCAUCAGAUUCAAACGUCUCUGAAUCACCAACGAAAAAAGCCCACCGCGAACGUAAAGAAUUAUUAAGUACGCCGGAUUCAGCCUCAAAUGAUUUCGUAAACAGUUAUGGAAUUGAAUUAAAUCAGAAAAAUUUCAACUUUAGUUUGCACGGAUCUGAUUUUAAAAGUGGAGACUUUGUUAAACCUGCAAAUCGUAAUGAGACGUGCGAAACUGAAAGCAGUUCAAGCACCACAGACCUCAAUUCUGUAAACUUAAUGAAAACUGUUGUUUUUAACGAAAUUGAAUUUCCAAAAGACGACAUUUUUUCCGAGAGUAACUUGGAGAGUUUUGGUAAUUUUAUCACUCCAACGAAAAGGGGGACAAAUAUUCCAUUAGCCCAAUCAUCGUCUACUCCUAAAGUGGAUGAUCAAAGUAAACGGACCAUUAACUCGUCUGAUAGUAGCUCGGAGAGUGAUUUUGAAGCCUCAAGGAUAAAGAAAAUCAAAAAAGUUAAGAAUUUGCCAGAAUUGUCGCCCAUGCAGACAAAGAAAAAACACAAGAAAAUUACCAGUAAAUAUGAUUUGCUAGAUGCAGAGGCGGAUGAGUCUUUAUUGAAAGGGAAACAAAAGAAGAAACAAAAAAAUAAGAAAAAGAAGAGUGAAAAAGACGAAACUGUUUCUAGUAUUGAUUGUACAGAGUCAGUUCAGAAGAAGAGAAAAUCGAGUCAGAUGGAAGUUGCAGGUGAUAAUGUCUUGAAGAAAAAAUCUAAAAACAAGAAGAAAUUGCGAACUGCGACCCCAGACCUUGAAUCAACUACCCAAACUAGGCAGGAUUGUGAAAGUGUUGACGCAACUGAUGAAUCAGCUCCAGUUACAAGUUUAAAAGAUGUAACGGAAAUGACAGAAACAAGUAGUAAAAAAGAAGAUGAGGAAAAAAUUAUGGUUGGAAAGAAACCUGACUGUAGUCAACUUAAUAAUACAGUUAAGGAAGAACCAGAAAUAAGCGAGGAGCCUGCAAAGUUAAAAUCGCCGAAAGUCGUCGAAAGUGAAGAUAUCUCAGCUUUGGAAGGUUUACUUGUUGUUGACGAAACGUUCACCAAUACCACCGAUGUCCAAACUGUGACAUCAGAUUCUGAUUCGGUUCUAUCUCCACUUACAGAUCAUCAAGACAUUCAAUUAAUAAAUUGUGAAACGACAGUUGAAAAUGAUUGUACACCGUCUACUUCCAAAUCUAGUAAAUUAAAUCUGGCAAGUAACAGUGUUAAAGACCUUCAAGUUGUUAUGUCAAGUGAUCCUAAACUUUGGACGAUAUUAGACAGUGAUAGGUGGCCUUUAGCGAGAUCUUCUACAGGUAGAAGGUGCAAUAAAUGCAAGGAAUUGGGUCACAUAGCACUCAGAUGUCCAAAUAAGCCAGAACCCAAAUGCAAGUUGUGUGGACAAGGCGGCCAUUACGAACCUAGAUGUCCUAACAAGUUGUGUACUCAGUGUGGCAGGCGAAGUCUGUAUGCUACAGCUUAUUGUAGCUCGUGUUUCAAGUUACGAAAUUUUCAAUGCCAAUUGUGUUCUAUGACAGGUCACGCAGUUGAAACUUGUCCAGAUCUAUGGCGACGCUACCAUCUGACGACCACUGAGGGUCCGUUAAAAACGUACUCUGGACCUGCUUUAAAACAAAAGAAAGAUUUGUGGUGUUCCGGGUGUGCUCAACCAGGUCACUUAGAACAUAUGUGUGGGUUUUACAAGUCGAUGUAUCCACCGACGGAUCCGUUUAUUAAAGGUUAUACAGAUGUAUAUGGACAAGAAAGAGUGUCACAGGAGGAGUCACAGCAGCCAGAACCCCGAUUUACAAAUCCUCGAAGCAACUUUCUACCAAACCAACCUCAGAAUUAUGUAAUCCAAGGAGUCAACCAGAGAUAUAAUUAUAACUGUAAUUAUGACCAGUUUGCCAAUGCGUUUAUUCAAAAUGGGGUGUUUGUGGCCAACCAACAAAAUUUCUACACUAAUCAGUGUGCGCAAGGAAAUUAUAUGCAAGAAUGUCCGCAGUAUUCCAAUGUAUACACGAGCUUUUGUGACAAUUUACCGAAUUAUAUCAGUUUUGAUACACAACCCCCAGUUAACAUGGGGGUUUCUAGACCUGAACCAGCACAGCAGGAUUUAGCGACUCCUAAUGACAAGAAAGCUCAUUGCAAUAACAUGUUUUUCUCUUCGUCGGGGAGAACAUUGCGACAAUUUGUCACUAGGGAAUUGGCAAGAUUGACCAAAUUAUCGUUUAAUUUAAGCAGAAAUGUAAUGGAGUUGAAGAGAAGGCAGGUUCCACGAGGUUCUCGAGCACAAGCGGAAUAUUACCAAUUGCUUAACAUGGUGCUUUUUGGUAUCUUUUGCUUCCACGAUGGAAGAUUCCAUCUGAAUAAUUUGAAACAGCUCAAGUUGGAAAGAGAUAAAGACAAAGUGGCUGUUUUUAGAAGACGAAAAUUGCACAGAGCGUACUGUUUUAUUUUUGGAUGUGAAAGGCACGACGGUGUAGACUAUAAUGAACUUUUAAGCAGGAUUUAAUGAAUUUUAAUUUGGAAUAUUUGAUUAAUUUUUUGUUGAAAUAAAUACAUUUUUUUAUUAUA